ACCUUAAAAAGUAACCAAAGAAUAAAUAGUUUUCAGAAGUGUCGGAUGACUAUUGUGAUGCUAUAAGACCAAUCCAUGAAUUUAACAAAAUGAUGGGGUAUGCACCUCAUCCUCAGAAGAGAUCGGCGAAAAAGUUUACCUUUUCCGGAAUGUUUUUCACAAUUUCCCUGGUAAUUACUGAAUGUGCUCUGAUUUACUUGAGUCACGAUCCGAAUAAAUUUACAAAGGCAACCAAAUCGAACAUUCUCAACUAUGGCAUUUACAUUCAGACAGAAGUGUCGCUAAUGUUGGCGUUGUGGUUUUUACUUCGAGCAUGCACUAAAAUCACCAAAAAAUGGACGGUGAACGAACAAUUUUCAGAAGUCGACCAGAUUUUGAAGAAUGAGUUUUCGAUGAAUUUAUGUUAUAGGGACGUAAAACUAGCUUCGGUGUUAUCAGCAAUUGCAGGAAUGACCGCUGGUCUAAUGUUGUUUGGAUUUACAGUUUAUUUUUUGAUAGACGUUCCAUUUGAUACUAUGCAUAAGGCAUGCAUUUGUUUUUCAAUCUACUUGUCCAACAUCAGCAUGUACGCUAUUACUGUAGAAUUUAUUGGCAAUGUUUCUUUCGUAUUUGUUCGAUUCAACGACAUCAACAAUAUCUUGAGGCAGUUGUUAUUCGACGAUACUUAUCUUCUCAACAGUGUAAUUGAUGAGUCAGCAUCAAGGGAGCUCAUCUACACUAAUUACCUACCGAUUCCGAAUAAGAAAAACCUUUUCAAAAAGAAAUCAAAGUUUUCUUCGGUUCAUAGUAUGUCUGAAUGGAUGGACCGCCGUAAAGCGGAAUAUGGAAAUCAACAAAAGCCACUAAUGAAAUCGAGAUUCAAAUGGCCUUGGACCCUGUUUACAAAGACGUUCAUCAGCAAGCCUACAUUUUAUAGAUCCUCAGAGCCGUCGUAUGUGCUAGAAAAGUUAACUACUCUCAUUGGUUUACAUGAAAGGCUAACCGAAAGCGUAGCACUUUUAAACGACAUCUAUUCUACGGAAGUCUUUUUCAUUUUGAUGGUGAUAUUCACUUACGUGCUUUUCGGAUUAUUUAGCAGAUACAUGGUGUUAUUUGACUAUGAAAUGGAAGCUUACAAAAUAUCGUCACUAAAUCUAACAUGGAUGAUAGCUUAUACCGCAUCGAUUCUUACUGUAAUAUCUAUGAGCUCAAUUUUAACCACAAGGGCAAAACAUACAGCGGUUAUCGUUCACAGAGUCCUUAGAAAGACUAAUGAUGCAGAAAUCGAAAACAAGCUCUUCACAUUCUCCAAAAUGUUGCAUUUACGUCGCAUUACACUUAACUUUGGUCAAAUUAAUUUCGAUUGGCCACUCUUAUUCCAGUUAAACGGAGCCGUAACUUCCUAUCUGAUCAUAUUGAUUCAAUUCCAGUUGAGCAGUAAAAGGCAUUAG